AUGAACACUUUGCAAGUUCUUCCUUUUACGGCGGAGACGCGGGCGCUGUACGAGGGCCACGGGACCUUCCACGACGGCGACAGCGGGCUGGACUUGUUCAUAAUUGAAGAAACCACGGUUUUUCCGGGAGAAACAAAGUUCCUGAAGCUCGGAUUUUCAGCUUCCAUGAGAAAUAAAGAAGGAAAAGCCAUUUCCUGGCUCAUUAUGCCCCGAAGUUCCAUUUCGAAAACGCCCCUGCGGCUCGCGAAUUCCGUCGGGCUCAUCGACGCGGGCUACAGAGGCGAACUCAUGGCCGCAGUCGACAACAUCAAGACUGAGCCCUUCACCGUCAAAAGGGGUGACAGAUUAUUUCAAGCUGUGGCUUUUAAUGGGGAGGGUUUUGUUUUGCAGCUCGUGGACGCGCUCGACGAAACCGCCCGCGGCGCCGGCGGCUACGGCUCGACGGGAUUGUCGAAAGAAGAAAAGAAAAGAAAUAAUAAAAGUGAAAUAAUUAAUGAAAAAGAAUUCGAAAAUAAAAAACAAAACUGCAGCUCCGAGGCCUCCUGA